GGACGGCACAGGUCAUGCAUUAAUUAAAAAUGAUUUCAAUACCCUAAUCAAUCUACCUCAUCACGUCGCAACAGGAUGAAUGAAUCAGCGUGGAUCAAGGAGAAACAUGCUCGACUUACGGUCGAGAAUGCUGAAAAGCCAGUUCCCGGUGAUGGCGAAGUACUAGUGAAGGUGGAGGUGAUUGCCUUCAGCCCGAUUGAAUCAAAGAUUCAACGGUAUGCCACACACCCUGUCCCCUAUCCACUUGUUCUAGGUGGUUCGUUCGCCGGAACCGUGGAAGCAGUCGGACCGGAUGUCACGGCACUGCAGCCAGGAGACCUGGUCGCAGUGAAUCGCGCCGGCAAGGUCCAAGGGGAUUCCCGGUUCGGCGGGUUUCAGAAGUACGCGUUGGCUUGCGUCUCCUCAAGCUCCAAGCUAGUCCCAGGGACUCCGCUGGAGGCCGCGGCAGCAUCUAUCCUCAACCUGGCCACUGUGGCGUCUGCGCUCUCGAUCCAUCUGGGACUGGCACGGCCGUCGCUAUCCAGCGACAACCCUGCAGCCGAAGCCAAGGGCAAGAAAGUGCUGGUCUAUGGCGGGUCCAGUCCCACCGGCGGAUUAGCCAUCAACUAUGCCGUGAUAGCAGGAUACACCGUCAUCACCACCUCGUCUCCUCAAAACCGGGGGUUUGUGGAAUCGCUGGGCCCUGUCGCCGUGAUCGACCAUACUCUUCCAGCCGACCAGAUCGCAGACCAGAUCCGAGCGCAUGGCCCAUACGAUGCCAUCCUCGACACCAUCGGCUUACCCCCCGUCACCAACAUGCUGGUAGGAUACCUGUCUUCACUCGGGGGAGGCACGUACAACACCAUGACGCCACUGUUUGGCCCCGAGAAUCCCGUUCCAGACACUGUCCAGCGCAGGUUCGCGCCGUAUAGCUGGUCGUUCGAGCAGCCGGCAAACCUCGACUUCGCUCGCUGGUUCUAUGAGGAGUACGUGCCGCAGGGACUGGCCAGUGGCCUGAUCGUGCCCACCCGGCCACAGUGGGUGCAUGGGGGGUUGGCCAAGGCUCAGCAUGCACUCGAUCUACUGGAUCAGAAUGCUGUGAGUGGGCAUAAGCUGGUUAUGAAUUCUUGGUAAUGCAACUUAUAUGAAUCAAG